GUCCGGGGCCCGCAGUGCGCUUGUGUGGAAUGUGCACCGCACUCUCCGACUCCCCUCCGUCUCUCUGUCUCUCUACUCCUCCUCUCAGUCUCGGGUGUGAUCGGACGAGUCACGAGCUUGCCUGCUGCUGCCCGAAGACCGAGUUGACAGUAUAUCUGCCAGCUUUAACUUUCAUAAAGGUUAAAGCUAAUCCGCGCAGAGCCCUUCCUAUCUUGCUUCUUGUCUAGAAGCUCAGGUAUAAUGAGAGGCUGAACAGGAAAAUCCUGAUUGAUUGUUCUUAGAGAUUUUUUUAAAGCCUCAUGGGACAUAACCAUUGCUGGAUGCCUGGUAGAAUUAAGAAACCUGACUGCAUGAGAAGCACUCUACAUGUGCGAGAAUGUUACCUGACUCAAAGAACUAAAUGAGUCACACUUUCCUUAAUUAUAAAUGUUCUUGCUCUUUUCCACUUAAAGAUGCCUUCGCACUUCUGAUAAAUGCAAACCGAAAACUCACAAGGCCACGGCAGAGAUAAAAUCAUUACUGCUGGAAACCUGGAAGACUGCCCUUAGAAAAAGGAAAGUCCCCGAUUGUUGUUGGAAAUGCUAAGGAAGUUGCUGAGGAGGAGACUUUUUUCUUAUCCCACUAAAUACUACUUCUUGUUUCUAGUUUUUUCCCUCGUCGCCUUCUCUGUUUUAAGAAUUUAUCAAAAGCCCGAAUUUCUGAGCAUUGAACAUUUGGAUCUAGUUGGAGAGAAUCCUAAUAGUAAUAUCAACUGCACCAAAGUUUUACAGGGUGAUGUGGCCGAAAUCGAAAAGGUAAAGCUGGAGAUUCUGACAGUGCAAUUUGGAAGGCGCCCUCGAUGGACAACCCAUGACUAUAUAAACAUGACUAGUGAUUGCACUUCUUUCAUCAAGAGACGCAAAUACAUUGUAGAACCUCUGAGCAGAGAAGAGGCAGAGUUUCCAAUAGCAUAUUCCAUAGUGGUUCAUCACAAAAUUGAAAUGUUUGACAGGCUCCUGAGGGCCAUCUACAUGCCUCAGAAUUUCUAUUGCAUUCAUGUGGACAAGAAAUCGGAGGAUUCCUUCCUGGCCGCGGUGACUGGCAUUGCAUCCUGUUUCAGUAACGUCUUUGUGGCCAGUCAGCUGGAGACUGUGGUGUACGCAUCGUGGAGUCGGGUCCAGGCCGACCUCAACUGUAUGCGGGACCUCCACAAAAGAGACGCAGGCUGGAAGUACCUGAUCAACCUUUGCGGCAUGGAUUUUCCUAUUAAAACCAACCUGGAAAUUGUCAGGAAGCUCAAGUCACUAAUGGGAGAAAACAACCUAGAGACGGAGAGAAUGCCAUCCCAUAAAAAAGAAAGGUGGAAAAAGCACUAUGUAGUGGUGGAUGGAAAGCUGACAAAUACGGGGACUGACAAAGUGCAACCUCCUCUUGAAACGCCUCUGUUUUCGGGCAGUGCUUAUUUCGUGGUCAGCAGGAAGUACGUAGAGUACGUUCUAGAGAAUGAAAAAAUCCAGAAGUUUAUGGAGUGGGCAAAAGACACCUAUAGCCCGGACGAGUAUCUCUGGGCCACUAUUCAGAGGAUACCUGAAGUCCCUGGCUCACUGUCCUUAAGUCAUAAGUACGACAUGUCCGAUAUGCAAGCAAUUGCUAGGUUUGUCAAAUGGCAGUACUUUGAAGGUGACGUUUACAAGGGCGCACCCUAUCCACCCUGCAACGGGGUGCACGUGCGCUCUGUGUGUGUUUUUGGAGCAGGUGACUUGAACUGGAUACUGCGCAAGCACCACUUGUUUGCCAAUAAGUUUGACAUGGACAUUGACCUCUUUGCCAUCCAGUGUUUGGAUGAGCAUCUGAGGCUUAAAGCCCUGGAGACGUUAAAACACUGACAUUUACUGUAGACAAUUUUAGAAAUAAUAAGGUGGCUACAUGAGAUGUAUCCCAUCUGAUUCUUCGGCUUUAUUAAUUAACAUCAGAAACACUGUAGGGGUUUAGAGCAGGGACUCUAAAUCUUCUUUUCAGAGAAUGCACAUGGUCUCUGCAGAGCACACCCGGUUAGAAAGGUUAUGGCAUUAAACCUUGACUUAGAGUUAAUGUGAGGCCAAGGCAAGUUGCAAGGCACUGUUGGGAGAGGUGACCCAGGUGGCCCGGAAGAGGCCCAGUGCAACAACCAGCCUGUUAAAAGAGCUCAGGGACUUCACCAAAUGAUAAGAUUUAACCUGUGCCAAAAUUGCUUUGAGAGCUUUUAAUAUGCCAGUCUUCCCAGUUUGAAUAAAUUUACAGCAGCAACCAAUCAUGAGGGUAUAAUUUAUUUUGUAGGUUCUAUUUGUUGAAUUAGAAAAUUGACAUUACUGUAAAUGAUUCUUGUGAAUAUAAUUUACUGUCUGCUGCAACAUUGUGCUGUGUAUUGUAUCUAUGUCAUCUCAGGGAACUUGGAAAAAACGGGCUUGACUGAAUGUAAAUGUUUCUGAGUAAUUUUUGCUUCUACCAAUGUACGUAUGUUUUUAAAAACAAAAAAACCUGGCAAUUUCUGGUUUAGUUGAUUCUAUGAAUCAUCUUAGAUUAUUAGAAAAGGUAUCUUAGGUUAUUAAAAGAGUUAAGAUAUCUUUGUUUAUGAUGAUAGUUUCUACAGAGUAACACUCAAUUUUGAAAAUAUUUGUCUCUCUACUGCUCUCUGCCAUCUCUAGACCCUGCUAUCAAGCUAUAUAAAAACUUGCUUUUCAUUACCCCAUAGUACUGCCUCAGUUCUAGUAUAUGAAUUGAUUGACAGUAAUUAGUGUAGAGAACUAAGACAGAAAGGUAUGGAGGGGGAGGAGUCAUAUUUUGCCCAUUUCUGAGGCCCACGGUGAGGGUUAAAAACCAGCAGUUGGCACUGUCCCUAGAAAUGAAGGCUGUUGCUCUUUGUCUCUAUCCAACCUCCCAGAGUCUUGCAUCCUAGUGUCCCCUAUAAUUUGAAAGAAACUGGUUUCAUUGUCCUUGCUUCUUCAUGUCACCUGCCCAUUGGUCGCUUCUUAGCCCUUGGGUUGUAUGUUUCUCUCUCUCAGAACCUAUGAGGAAGGAAGAGGUGUUCUGUUGGUCUACUGCACGGUGAACUUGAAGGCCUGGGAAUCUGAAAGGAGCCAUUAGGUUUGAGGCGGAUUAUUUCAGUAUCGGUAUUACUCCGAGCAUAUGAUUUUUACUCUACUUUUUCACCAAAAAGACAGAUAAUUUGAGGUUGCUAUUUGCUGUCUCAUCUCAAAGUAAAUGAAGAUAUUUAAAAACAACAACAAACUUGCUCUUUUGCUAAGCUGAUACUGUUCAGCCGAAGAGCUAACAGGAAAUGUGACUUUAAACAAAAAUCAAACCAUGUACUUUAUUUUUAAAGCAUAGCCAACUUAAAUAAUAUAUGAGAAAUUCAUAAUGUCAGUUUUCAGGCCUUCAACUGAGAAAACAUUUUUAUUCCUCAAAGUUAGAAAACAUUUUCAUUUUAUGGAGAAGUUUGUUAUACUGACUGUCCUAAACAAAAGUUUCAUGUUUUUUAAACCUUUAUCAUUUAUAAGCGUGCAAGUCAGUGGAUGGCUGUGUUUUGCAUGAUUUGAUAUUUGGAAAACUCAAGAGAUAACAUUGCUUAGGGUGCUACAUGCUUGGGGUUUCAUCCCUGUUCCCUUCUAACCCAGUUUGCUCUUUUAAUGCAUGUCAAAUGUUUCUCCCAUUCUCUUUCAGCAGAAAGAUUUUACCUAUAAAUAGGGCAUUUUUCUUUAAAACCAAUGAUGUUCAGUGGUGCAUACUUUGUGUCUGUGUCUUGUAUUUCUACUUCAGUCAUGGUGUCUUGUUUUAUGGAUUUUUUUUAUUUUAUUUCAAAAAUUUGCAAAUUAAUAAAAAAUUUAAAAGCAAUAGUACAGGGCACCAAAGAGGUUUGAUUCCCAGUCAGGGCAUGUGGGUUUGAUGAGGGCAUGCACAUCUCACAUCGAUGUUUCGCUUUCCCUAACUCUCUCUAAAAUCAAUAUACAUACUUUCACGUGAGAAUUUUUUUAAAAAAGCAAUAAGCAGUAGUACAGGGAAUACCAUAUAACCCUCUCCUGGAGUUAUAGAAUGUUAAUAUCAUGUCCCCUUUGCUUUUAAUUGUAUAGAUUUUUAAAAAUUUUAUUAAAACUGUAAAUUUUUAAAAGUUUUUUUAAAAAUAUAUUUUAUUGAUUUUUCACAGAGAGGAAGGGAGAGGGAUAGAGAGUUAGAAACAUUGAUGAGAGAAACAUCGAACAGCUGCCUCCUGCACACUCCCUACUGGGUACAUGCCCGCAACCAAGGUAUGUGCCCUUGACCGGAAUCGAACCUGGAACCCCUGAGUCCAUAGGCCGAUGCUCUAUCCACUGAGCCAAACCGGUUAGGGCAAAGUUUUUUAAAUUAACAAUCAUCCAAAGUUAUCAUUCAUUUCAACACUUAUUGUAGUGUGAUUGUAUCUGAUUUACAUUUAAAGUGACAGGUUUUAAGGGAUUUUUCUUCACCCCAGAUAUAAAAAUAGGAUUUUAGAGUUCAUUUCCCAAACCCCACACUAAAACUAUAGACCCACCAUCUUUUAUGUAGCCAUGGAACCUCAUCUUUCUAGAAUGGUACUGUUGAAAUGUGUCUGAACACUACCCUAUUGCUAAAGACUGUAAAAGGGGUUAUGUAGAAUUUGUUUAUCAGGACUCAUAUCUUUCAGCUUAACCUAAAGCAAAUGAAAUUUAUACUCCUAUGACAAGCUAAAAUUUAAAGAGUCAAAAAGUUCUUUUGAAACAGCCUACUCACCAAAGAGUCACAGGUUCGAUUCCCCGUUAAGGGGCAUGUACCUGCGUUGAAGGCUUGAUCCCCAGCCCUAGUUAGAGCGUGUGUAGGAGGCAACCAAUCUGUGUAUCUCUGUCACAUCAAUGUCUCUCUCUCUCUCUCCCCCUCCCUCCCUCUCUCCCUCCCCCUCCCCUUCCCCUCCCACUUUCUCUAAAAAUCAAUAGAAAAAAAUUCUACACACACACACACACACACACACACACACACACACACACACACACACAAAGGAAGCCCAUACUACAUUCAGGAGGGGCAAAACACAGGUACUUUGGGAAAGAUUAAGAAGUUAUUUAAAUUGUUUCAUGUCAGUUAUUAAACACUAAUUUCUUUUUACUGUCAUUUAAGAGCUGUAGGAAUUUAUUAUAACUCAUUCACAAAUGAAUCUGAACAUAAAUAAACUGAAAUUUUUUGAUAGAAGGAUUAUGCUAGUUAAUAAAGUAUUGCAAGAAGUUUCAAUAUUACUUAUUAAGGACAAGUUGACAAAAAUAUUUCUUUCUUUUAUAGACAAUUACCAGACAAUGGUAAACAGCCCCUCAGCCCUGUGAAUGUGAAAGUUAUUGGUCUCUAAAUGUGUAUUUGUGUCAUUCGUCAAGUAUAAUUCACUUAAAUGAAAUAACAUAAAUGGGUUUUCUUUUGUAGUUAUUUGGGGACGUGAAAGCCAUGUUUUUAGUUUAUUUCAUUUGUAAGAGCAAUUAAACUGGAUUUUUCCAGUUGCUUAGAAAAAUACAAAUAAUUUCUCAUUAUGUUAAAUAUAAAAUAAAUGCAACACUGUUUCAUGGUAAACAUGGUUACUGUUAAGUUUACUCUUUUUAAUGUGGGCAUGACUGGAUGCAUUUGGAACUUGUCAUAUACCACCAUUAAAAUCAGCCAUUCCAAAAGCAA